AUGGUAAGCCCAAGGAGGAAGUCAAAAUCAAGAUCUCGAUCGAGGUCGAGGUCUCGAUCUCGAUCACCGAAAAAGGCGAGAAGCCCAAGGAGGAGGGCUUCUCCCAAACGUCGCCGAAGAAGAUCUGUUGGUAGGAGACGACGCACCACUUUGACUGUCGCCGUAGCCGCUGUACGAGCUUUGAGGGAUAGAAAAGGCUCAACUGUUCCUAGUAUCAGGAAAUAUGUUUUAGCUAAUUCUAAAGUUUCCGCUAAGCGUGUCAAUGGUCUACUACGACGGGCCCUGUCAAAGGGUUUAAGGUCUGGUGCACUCGUCCGACCGAAGGGAUCAAGAGCAAAGGGAGCAAAGGGCCGAUUCAGGCUCGGAAUGCGAAGACGCUCUAAGUCCCGAAGGCGACGAAGGCGACGACGAAGUCGAAGCAAGUCUAGGAGGCGACGACGAAGGCGAUCCAAGUCUAAGGGACGAAAGCGAAGAAGAAGUCGAUCCCGACGACGACGACGACGACGAGGUCGUCGAUCCAAGUCGCGUAAGGGACGAAGGCGAAGAAGCCGAUCCCGACGACGAAGAUCAAAGUCUCGACGACGAAGAAGCCGAACCCGCCGACGAAGAAGUCGAUCCAAACGACGAAGAAGUAGAUCUCGCCGACGAAGAAGUAGAUCUCGUCGACGAAGAUCCGUUUCUAGGCGUCGACGACGACGAACCAGAUCCAAGGCUGGACGUCGAAGGAGAAGGAGACGAUCCCGAUCUCCCAGGCGGCGACGAAAAGCCCGAAAGGGUGGAAAACGUCGAAGGAGACGAAAGGCAAGGAAAUAGAUUAACGGAC